AUUUUCACACCGAGAACCUGAAAAAGAAAAGAAAAGAAAAAGAAAGGGGACGGAAAAAGAGAGAGAAGGAAACAAAACAAAACAAAACAAGGAGAAUUUAUCGAGUCGGAAUAUUUUUUUUUGGAGAUUUCUCUUUCGUUCUUCGUUGCUUAUUCGUGAUUCCGAAACCUUUCCCUCUUUCACAUUAUCUUAUUCAAUUCACACAGCCUUCGAUCGUUUCAUAGUUCCCUUACGAUGAAGAACUUAUCUAUUGCUCUUAUUGCAUAUGUUUGAUUGUGUUUCUUACGUUUGAUUGUUUAGAGGAUCGAGUAUUAUGUUUAGGUUUUGAUUGUUUAUUGUAACUGAGUUAAGGAUUUUAUAGAAUUUCUGUGCCACCAAUGCCUGAUAAUCGGCAGGUUAAGAGUAAUGCUGUAUCAAAUCAACCGACUGAUGGCAUAGAAGAAGCGAUAAGGCGGUUGGAAGUUAAUGAUGAUCAAGAGCCUGGUGGCCUGGUUCAGUCAAGCCCCUAUCCGGAUCGCCCCGGUGAGCCGGAUUGCUUGCAUUAUUUAAGGACUGGGAUCUGUGGUUAUGGAAGCAAUUGUCGUUUCAAUCAUCCUUCUAAUGCUACACAGGGUGAUCAGGUUAAAGAAGAACUCCCAGAAAGAUUUGGGCAACCUGACUGUGGGUAUUUUCUAAAGACAGGGACCUGCAAAUAUGGAUCAACAUGUAAAUAUCAUCACCCAAGGGACAGGAACGGGGCGGGACCUGUAUUGUUCAACAUUCUUGGACAUCCCAUGCGGCAGGAUGAGAAGUCAUGCCCUUAUUACAUGCGGACUGGAUCUUGUAAAUUUGGAGCUGCAUGCAAGUUCCACCAUCCCCAGCCUGCAUCUCUUGGAACUAGCUAUCCAGUUGCUGGACCUGCUGCUUUUGUUUCUACAGGACCAUCAGCCAUUUCCUCAGCAGGCCCCCCUUACAUGGGCGGCCCUCCAACUUGGUCAUUACCACGAGCUCCAUAUAUGUCUGGUCCACGUUCACAAGGUCCUCAGACCUAUAUUCCUGUUGUUUUUUCUCCUUCUCAAAGCAUUGUACCCGGUCAAGGCUGGAAUGCUUAUGUGGGGAACCUGAGUCCUCCAUCUUCCACCAAUGUUCUUGCUUCCAAUCUUGUUUACAACUCUAGAAAUCAGGGUGACUUGAGUUCCAGCAGGCAGCUGCAGAUGGUAUCAACACCAGGUCAGAAUUUCCCAGAUAGACCUGACCAACCAGAAUGCCGCUAUUUUAUGAGCACUGGCACAUGCAAGUAUGGAUCUGAUUGCAAGUACAAUCAUCCAAAGGAAAGGAUUGCACAACCACUUUUUGACAACGGGCUUCCUUCAAGACCUGGGCGAGCUGUAUGUCCAACCUACAGUUCGUAUGGACUCUGCAAGUAUGGGUCUACUUGCAGAUUCGACCAUCCCUUUUUGGGAUAUCCUUAUGGUUUGAGCCUGCCUCCUCUACCCAUACUUGAUCCAUCUUUCACAACUUACCCAAUCAUGCAGGCAGCCCAUUUGUCUGAAACUUCUCCAUCCUCAAAGGUACCUGGUUGGGUUCGAAGUCCAAAUCCUGCAAGCAACAAGCAUGAGAAUUCAGUUACAAAGGUUUCAGAUGACCCACCUGAAGAGGGUAGUUCCCCACCACAUUUGUCUCAGGCUUCUUCAGAACCUUCACAUGGUUAACUCAGUUGAAGUUGGUCAAUUUUGUUCUAUCUCGACUCAUGCUUUUUUAUACCCAGGACCUUUUUUAUGACAUGCUCACAUGCACCUCCUGCCUUACAUUUUACCUGUGUUUUCUGGAGAAAUAGAUUUUUCUUUUCAAGAUCGUUGUAAUGAGCAAAAGUUUGUGGCAGGGAUGGCAUUUUUUUGUUAUGAAUAAAACACGGGUGAAAAAAUUGUACCAUUUAAGUUCCCUCUCUUGGAUGCUAGCCACAAUUUAUCGUCGUAGAUGUCCAUUUUCAUCAUUUUCGAUACAAAUGUUCGACGUGAUUGAGCGAACCCAUUGCUUUCUUGUGGUAA